UCAUAUUGUCUGUCGACUUUUAUCUCUCUCUCUCUCUGGUCGCAGACACGCUACACUAGUCUCUCUCUCUCUCUCUCUCUCUCUUCUUCCAUUCUCUCCUCUUUCUGCUUUCUCUUCUCGAUUCAACUUCAGCUUCAGAAUUUUGUAAUUGAGAGAGGAAGAGAAUGUCAGGUGGCACGCAGAACAGUCUGAGAAAAGCACUUGGAGCUCUUAAGGACACCACAACAGUUUCAUUGGCUAAAGUCAACAGUGAUUAUAAGGAAUUGGACAUUGCUAUAGUUAGAGCCACGAAUCAUGUUGAAAGUCCAGCAAAGGAAAAACAUAUAAGAGCUAUAUUUUCAGCAAUCUCGGCUACAAGACCUAGGGCUGAUGUUGCCUAUUGCAUCCAUGCUCUGGCCAGGCGAUUGUCAAGGACACAUAACUGGGCGGUUGCUUUGAAAACUUUAAUUGUUAUUCACCGUGCUCUGAGGGAAGUGGAUCCCACAUUUCAUGAAGAACUCAUUAAUUAUGGGAGAAGUAGAAGUCAUAUGCUCAACAUGGCUCAUUUUAAAGAUGAUUCCAGUCCAAAUGCAUGGGAUUAUUCUGCAUGGGUCCGCACUUAUGCAUUAUUUUUGGAGGAAAGACUGGAAUGUUUUCGUGUGUUGAAGUAUGAUAUUGAGGCAGAUCGUCCGAGGACCAAAGAUUUGGAUACUGCAGAAUUGCUAGAGCAGUUGCCGGCUUUACAACAACUUCUCUUUCGAGUUAUUGGUUGCCAGCCACAAGGGGCAGCUGUUAAUAACUUUAUCAUUCAGUUAGCACUGUCAAUGGUUGCUUCGGAAAGCAUUAAAAUUUAUCAAGCUAUUAGUGAUGGCACAGUCAAUAUGGUUGAUAAGUUUUUUGAGAUGCAACGCUAUGAUGCUUUGAAAGCUCUUGAUAUAUACCGGAGGGUUGGGCAGCAGGCUGAGAGACUGUCAGACUUUUAUGAAGUAUGCCGUAAUCUUGAUAUUGGGCGUGGAGAGAAAUUUGUUAAAGUUGAGCAGCCACCUUCAUCAUUUCUGCAAGCCAUGGAAGAGUAUGUCAGAGAUGCUCCCCAGGGAUCAAUAGUUCGCAAGGAUCAGGUGUCUGACAACAAAGCGUCUCCAAAAGAAGUAUUGGCUAUUGAAUACAAAAAGACACCAGAAGUGCAGCAGGAACUUCCAGCCUCACCCCCUCCACCUCCAGUUUCUGAACCUGUGAAAGUGGAAGCACCACCAGUACAACCACCACCUGAUCUGUUGAAUAUGGAGGAUCCAGCUCCAGCUGCUUCAGAAUUGGAAGAGAAGAAUGCCUUGGCUUUAGCAAUCGUUCCCAUCGCAGAUCAACAACCUUCUGCUGUUUCAAAUCAAGCAAAUGGAACUACAGGAUGGGAAUUGGCACUUGUCACGGCUCCUAGUUCAAACGAGACUGCUGCAGCAGCUAGCAAACUGGCUGGAGGUUUAGACAAGCUUACACUAGACAGCCUAUAUGAUGAUGCACUCAGGAGAAACAACCAAAAUGUUAGCUAUAAUCCAUGGGAGCCAGCGCCAGUGGGAGCCAUGAUGCAACCAACAAUGCAUGAUCCAUUUUUUGCCUCUAAUACAGUGGCUGCACCACCUUCUGUUCAGAUGGCAUCAAUGUCCAACCAGCAGCAAGCUUUCAUGUUUCAGCAGCAUCAGCAGCAGCAGCAGCAAAUGAUGAUGAUGGCCCCUCAACAACCAUCUGUAAAUCCUUUUGGAAAUUCUUAUGGAGCCACUGUCCACCCCUAUGGCUCAGGUAUGCCUGUUCAAUCAUACAAUCCAUAUACAGGCCUCAUCUAGACAUUACUUCUGGUAAACAAAUCCUUAAUAUGCUCAAGGAAAAAGAAACACGGAUAUUCGAGAUUGGGAGACACAAAGAAUAGACAGACUUGUAUCAUAUGUUGUGAGGGUGCCAUAGAUAGCUAGAGUGAAAUUCUUUUUGAAUAAAUAGCGGAGGGAGGGUUUUGAAUAUAUGAUUUUUUAUGUACAAGGUAAUUGAUAAAUCAGACCACUUAGGAUUUCUUUUAUCCCUGAUUGAUUAAUGUUAACGCUUUAGCACGAAAUUUGUUCUUGAAUAAUAUUGUUUUUCAGUUGCCAUUACCUAUCUAUUGUGGGAAUUAUAUUCAUUAUGUGAUUGUUAUACGGCAUUCAUCCAAUGAAAAUAA